GGUUUAUCUCUAUAGCGUACUAUUUUAUCUUAAAGUUGUGGAGCAACAGUCCAGUGCUGUGAUGCACACACCGCAGGCUUUUCUCCCGGACUCGGUUUGGGUCUACCGAAUGUAGGCUAAGGAAAUUCAAUGGAAGCGUUCAGAUCAAAGCGUUGAAAAUGACCUAUUUCAUGCAAAUAUUUGUUUAUGUAUUUGAUGAGUAAAAAAUAUAGUUGAUUUCGUUCAUUUACAUGAGCAAUAUUUUGCUGUUUUUAGAACAGACUGUUCACCGUCGUCUCAUUUUCACUUCAGCGAUGCAACAUCUUCCUGUCAUUUUUCCACAACGCAACGCGAUUACGCGCGCAGCCAUGGUAAUAGUAGAGAUUUUCUUGGUCAGCAUCACAGGUGCUCGUGGACCGUUGUGCGUAAUUUUCGACCACUUUUGCAUGUUCAGUUUAUGAGCGAAUUCAUUUAAUACAUCUAAGGGGGAAACCACCAGACCAGUCCUAUAGCAAUAAUGGCUCCGCACCUCAAACGUUCGGGUGAUUGUAAUUGGGGCAUGCGUUUUAUUGUUUAUCCAUAGCAGGCUGUCGGAGUUCGGAUAAACUGAGAUGCAUAGAACGGAAACAUGCAAAUAAUUGGAAAUAACACCCGGCACUGCUUGAUUAUAAGGCAAUUCAUCAUCUGAAAUAUAUUUUUAUUUGUAAUUUAUGGGAGGACAUAUCACAGGUUUGAAUAACGCUACUGUCCUGAAGAAUCGAAUACCGUUUUUAGUGUAUAUCCCAUGUUCAUCUGCUUGGGUUUUCUGAGACUGCUCCGGUUGUAUACUUCUGCAAAGCUCAUCAACAUCAACAUCAUCUGCCACUUCAAACACAUCAAGCCAUAAGAGGAGGGAGCUUAGCUGCUUUUGGCAUUUCAAAAAGAGGCUGGUUAAAGAAACUGCAGUGGAAAAAAGCACCUUCAGGAUGACAGUGAGUUUCUUCUAAGUGAACUAGAUGACUCCACUGGACCUGUGCCCUGGAAACACCACCAUUUGACCGAGGACUAUCAGAGUGACUGCUGACAUCAAAGUUUUAAUUGUUGUUUUAAAAAAGAAGAACAAAUGCUUGGGCAUCUCUGGUGGCCUGCUGGGUAGCAGUGGUCUUCUUGUACCGUAGUAGCAGCAGCUGAACCACGGUUGCCAUAGUGGAACAAUGGCACGGCCAGGCUCUGGGGUGCUGGUGUCGGUCAACGGGCUGGGGUACCCUCCUCAGAACCUGGCCCGGGUGGUGGUGUGGGAGUGGCUGAACGAACAUGGGCGCUGGCGGCCCUACAGCGCGGCAACGUGCCACCACAUAGAGAACGUACUGAAGGGGGACGUGCGGGGGACUGUGGUCCUUGGACAGGUGGAUGCCCAGCUGGCCUCUUACAUCAUCGACCUGCAGUCCAUGCACCAGUUUAGACAGGACACAGGCACCAUGAGGCCGGUCCACAGGAACUUCUAUGAGCCAUCCUCGGCCCCGGGGAAGGGUGUGGUGUGGGAGUGGGAGAACGACAGCGGCUCCUGGACGCCCUACGACAUGGAGAUCUGUGUGACCAUCCAGAACGCCUAUGAGAAGCAGCACCCCUGGCUGGACCUGACCUCUCUGGGCUUCUGCUACCUCAUUGACUUCAACAGUAUGGUCCAGACCAACCGGCAGAGCCAGAGGAAACGCCGCCUGCGCCGACGCAUGGACCUGGCCUACCCUCUCAUCAUGGGCUCCAUCCCCAAGUCCCAGUCGUGGCCUGUGGGCGCCAGCUCCGGCCAACCCUGCUCCUGCCAGCAGUGCAUUCUAGUCAACAGCACGCGGGCCGCCUCCAAUGCCAUCCUGGCCUCUCAGCGUCGUAAGCUGUACGGAGGGGCCGCAGGAGCUCCAGGGGCCACAGGCACGCUCAAUGUGGUACGGCAGAGUAACACUUUCGCUGGAACCACACUCUGGUCCCCAACCUCCGGUGCCGGGAGCAACAACAUACAGCAUAACAACAUAAGUGCAGGAAGUGGCCAAGCUAAAGUUGAACAGGUGCAGUCGCCUCUGUCUAGUUCCAACUUCCCUUGUUCCCCGGCACUGCCGUCCCUUCCGCUUGCACAUGGCCACUCCCACACCCAUGCACACUCCCACGGCCACCAUGUCAUCAUCAACGGGCAGAACAACCUGAACCGGCCAGGAACCCAGCGCAUUUCCAUGGGCACUGCUAGAGGAGCCAUCCCACCAGGGGUCCCGGCCCUCCCUGUUAAGAACUUGACUGGCUCUGGACCAGUUCACCCAGCAAUUGCAGGUAUGACAGGUAUCCUGAUGUGUGCUGCUGGCCUGCCUGUGUGUCUGACCCGGGCCCCUAAACCCAUCCUGCACCCGCCGCCCAUAAACAAGAGUGACAUGAAGCCUGUGCCCGGGGUCAAUGGCAUCCGCCGCAAGACCAAGAAGAAGCACCUCAGGAAAGGGAAAACCCCAGAGGAUGUGGUGCGGAGAUACACGGAGAAAGUGAAGGUUGCCCCUGAUGAGGACUGCACCAUCUGCAUGGAGAGGCUGGUGACGUCAUCGGGCUACGAGGGUGUCCUGCAGCACAAGGGCAUAAAGCCAGAAAUGGUGGGCAAGCUUGGCAAGUGUGGGCACAUUUACCAUCUGCUGUGCCUGGUGGCCAUGUACAACAAUGGCAACAAGGAUGGCAGUCUGCAGUGCCCCACCUGUAAGGCUAUCUAUGGGGAGAAGACAGGCACACAGCCCCCUGGGAAGAUGGACUACCAUGUCAUCCCCCACUGCCUGCCCGGCUACCUGGAGGCCAAGACCAUCCGCAUCGUCUAUGACAUUCCUGCUGGCAUACAGGCCACAGAGCAUCCCAACCCAGGGAAGAAGUUCAGCGCUAGAGGCUUUCCACGGCACUGCUACCUCCCAGACAAUGACAAGGGCAGGAAGGUCCUGAAGCUUCUGAUCAUGGCGUGGGACCGUCGCCUCAUCUUCACCAUCGACACGUCCAGCACCACCGGCGAGUCAGACACGGUGGUGUGGAACGAGAUCCACCACAAGACAGAGUUUGGCUCCAACCUGACAGGGCACGGCUACCCAGACCCCAACUACCUGGACAACGUCCUGACAGAGCUGUCAGCCCAGGGGGUCGUGGAGGACAACCUGAAGGACUGAGGGGGGAAGAGAGGCCACUGAGGACCACCACCCAUACUCCUCUCUGACAUAGAGUGGGCCUCUGCAUGAAGAGGCAACAUGCAGCCAAGAUAACUAUAUUUUACUCCCACACCCAAAACAGACCUAAAGACCCUCAGAUUCUGUAUGUGGCCAUGAGAGCGGAGGAAAUAUAGCAAAUGACAUGAUAACAUCACGAUUGUGUUAUACUGUUAUUUGCAUUUACCUAAACAUAACUGUAAAACCUUUCUGACUACUGUCUCUUUGUCAAUGCCUUGAGCAGGUGUAUGUUUGGCAAAAUUUCAACCUGAUAGGGUAAAGGAACGUAAAGACAGGAUUUGAAUGAAAACUGAUCUCAAUGUGUAUUGGUGGUUGUGGGGAUUAGACAUUGAUGAUCAACUGAUCAUUGAUUAGUCUGAGACUGGAUUUUGAACUUCCUCUUUUGUACUGAAGAAGAUUUAAGACUGUGACAUCGUAGCAUUGAAAGAGAUGUCUGUUUAUACUCACCACCAAAACAUGUGGCCCAGAAUUUGAUAUUGCAUUUUAAUGUUGACUGCACACCUGGAAUUUUUGCAGAGACAGUUGGCUCGGGCUCUGAAGGCUUCAGAUGUCUGUCCCGGUUUGUUCUAGUUUUAUCAGAUGUGUAUUUUUUAAUGAGUAGGGAAGUGAUUUCUCAAGUUGUAGUUGGUAUUUGUGUGGAAAUCUUCAGGAUAAUUUUUAUAUGCAGAAUUGUAAAAGCGUGAUUGCUUUCCCAGUCCAAUUCACACCAAAUCUACACAGUUCAGCUUGUUGUGAUAUGCUGAUGAGGUUGAUAGUGAGAGUCUUUUGAAAGCGAGGCCUUUUGCUUUAGUUUUAGCUUGGUGAUUUUCUGCAACAAAACUGUCUGUAGAUCUGAGUGGACAGUCACGGUGAUGUGAUUCUCAGGAAGGAGAGAGGGCAUCUCUGAUUGGCUACACAGGGUCAUUUCACAAAGGCUUGGCUCCAAUGGCCUUUGAGCCUGUUGAAGGUUCACAUGCACCUUCUGACAGAGAGACAGUCAGUUGAUCUGAAGAUUCAGCUGUCUCACAGUAGAUGUAUAUUCUAACAGGGGUGCCAACCUGGGGAGGCCUUUGGAAGUUAACCUGAUAUAGAUCCAUACACAAGCAUCUUACCGAUCAGUUAGAUGAUUGUUCAAAACAUGUAUGCUUCUGUAAGUUAGGAUCUGAGGCAGUCGAGCAAGCCUCGCUCCACUCCAAGGUUAACCUCAUUCGUUUGUUGUAAAACUGGUGACGUUGACCUCUGUGAAUAAGCCUGACUUAGAGGAGGCGUUGGAAUGAUCUAUUACGCUCGCAUCACAUGUGCUUGCCUACUUGCGUGUGUGUUUGAAUGUGUGUUAGUGUGUGUGUGUGCUGUGGUGUUAAUACACUCUCUGGCUUUCUAAGGGCUUUAUUUCAUCCGUAUUGCGGUAGUUCAGCAUUACAGCGUGAUUGAAAUUUAAAGACAAUGUUCCCGCUUCAGCAGAGACUGCAUUCAUGGUAAACUCAAUCGGAAAUGACUUAUACAUUUCCAUGGCGCAAUCUGGAACGCCUCAGUCCUUCAACAGAGGAGCAGAACAUGCUUCGCAGAGAGCGAUGUCCUCUUCAAAGAAUGACUCUCUCCUCUGAUCCAUCAUAGAGUAGAGUAGGCAGAGCGCCCCCCCCCCUCCCACACACACACACACACACACACACACACACACACACACACACACACACACACACACACACACACACACACACACACACACACUGUGAUGUACGAGCCUCUGGUGUUCCUCCUGUUGGGCUGGUUGUAUGAUAAGCCUCUGCUGCAGACAACACCUACCCCAUACUGUCUGAUUCCUCUGAAGGCUCUUAGGUCUGAUACUGAUGUACGGGCAGCAGCUGCGUUUCCCCUUCCCUCAGCAGCUAGAGGAGCUCAUUUUACAGUAGGAUCACUCAGAAUGUUGUUCUAUAAAGUACAGUAUGUGAAGCUGAUGUUGCAUUGGGAAUUUCCACUCCCUUUGCUCCCUCCUCUCUCCCUUCCCACAGAUUAUUUGCUCAUAAGCUAAAGAGUUCUUGAAGAUUUGAGUUAUUUUCCAAAAAGAAAAGUUAACCUUUAAGCUGAAUAAUUCUCUCCUCCAGUUGGAUCUGACCAAUUGAAAUGAGUGGGGAUGUUGGUAUAAUCUAGAAGAGAUUCAUGUUGAGGUUUUAUGGUGUCCCACCCACAUCACGGGUUUUGAUCCUUGAAAUGCUUUUGAAUAUCUUGGACUGAAUCAUAGUCUUCCGUAGCACUUUGAGGCAGCAGUUUUCUUUAAUUGAUCCUUUCAUUUUAGGAAGAUGUCUUGAAAUGUAUUCAAAUUCAGCUGUUUUUUACGUUUAUGUUUAUAAACUUGUCUUGUAUUGCUUCAAAAAUAUACGUAUAUAUAUAUAUAUCUAUACAUUUGCAGAUGUGAUCUACCUUUAAAUGUACAUGUAUGCUCAAUUUGAGUCAUAUGGUGUAAGUUUAAUUUAUUUUUAUACUCUUCUAUUUAUGAAAAUAUACACUCACAUUUACCCGUCCACAUCACUAUACACACAGGCACAUAUUAAAAUGAAUACAGUGCCUUCAGGAAGUAUUCGGACCCCUUGACAUUUUCCACUGUGUUACGUUACAGCCUUAUUCCAAAAUUGAUGAAAACAAACAUUUCCUUCCUUUCUCUUAACACAAUACCCCAUAAUGACAAAGCAAAAACAGUUUUUGCUAAUUCAUUAAAAAUAAAGAAAAAGGAAAUAUCACAUUUUCCAUAAGUAUUCAGACCCUUUACUCAGUACUUUGUUGAACCACCUUUGGCAGCGAUUACAGCAUCAAGUCUUCUUGGGUAUGACGCUACAAGCUUGGGACAACUGUAUUUGGGGAGUUUCUCACAUUCUUCUCUACAGAUCCUCUCAACCUCUGUCAGGUUGGCGUUGCUGCUAUUUUCAGGUCCCUCCAGAGAUGUUUGAUCAGGUUCAAGUCCGGGCUUUGGCUGGGCCACCCAAGGACAUUCAGAGAUUUGUCCCGAAGCCACUCCUGUGUUGUCUUGGCUGUGUGCUUAGGGUUGUUGUCCUUUUGGAAGGUGGCCACUGUGUUCUUGGGGACCUUCAAUGCUGCAGAAAUGUUUUGGUACCCUUCCCCAGAUCUGUGCCUCGACACAAUCCUGUCUUGGAGCUCUACGGACAAUUACUUCGACCUCAUGGCUUGGUUUUUGCUCUGACAUGCACUGGCAACUGUGGGACCUUAUAUAGACGGGUGUGUGCCUUUCUAAAUCAUGUCCAAUCAAUUGAAUUUACCACAGGUGGACUCCAAUCAAGUUGUAGAAAUAUCUCAAGGAUGAUCAAUGGAAACAUGAUGCACCAGAGCUCAAUUUCAAGUCUCAUAGCCAAGGUUCUGAAUACUUAUGUAAAUAAGGUAUUUCAAAAUAUAUAUAUAAUUUCAAAAAUGUCUAAAAACCUGUUUUCACUUUGUCAUUACGUGGUGCUGAGGAUUUUUCUUUCUUUGAUCCAAUUUAGAAUAAGGCUGUAACGUAACAGAAUGUGGGAAAAGUCAAGGGGUCUGAAUACUUUCCCAAAGCCCUGUAUGUCAAAUCUGGCAUAUGUGAUCUGCCAGUAUGUCAGGGACUGUUGAAAUAUGUCUGCCAUGUUAUGAGCAUCUUAUAUUAGCAGUAGUCUUAGAAUUUGCUGCUGUCUUCAAUGUAGAUUCUGUAUUGGAAUCGCUGAGGGAUUCAGUAAGUACAGCAGUUCCUCUUUAUUAUUGGUCUGGGGGAGUUUAGCAGCAUGUAGUCGACCCUAUCCCCCAGAUGGGUCAUUGACCAUAGAAUGAGAAUUCUAAUUGUGUCAUUUACCAUGUAUAUAACCUAAUAGAACCAAGAGGACGAUACUGUCAGUACCCCAAACUGGUGAGUGAAAAACAAGUCAUUUUGCCUGUUCAUUUCUUCUUUAUCCUUGUGCAAGUUUUGAUGUCUUUUUGUCGCUCUCUUAAAUAGGGAAAAACAGGAAAGAAAUGCUUCCAGUCUUAUCAGGGAAUUUCCCAUUUAAAGUGAGACUCAUUAAGUUGUACAGAUAAAACGUUUUUGCUUGGCCAACCCUAUUUUCCAUGUCAUUGUACUUUAACUGAUGUACUGUAUCAGUUAAUAUUUCUAGACUUACAUUUCCAGUCUCCAAAUGCUUAAGUAUGUAACUGUAAUUGCAUGGUCUAGGCCUCCUCCGCUCUUCAGGUGUGUACAUAAGGUCAGUAUGCUUUCAGUGGAGUCUGUACACCGGGGAAUUUUAAUGUGAGCAUACAUUUUAUUGUCUGGUUUUGGACAGAGGAAUAGAGUUUAUGCAAUUAUAUAUGCGAGCAAUUUGUACCUCAUGUCAUGUGUAGCAGAAGGUAUCAGGAGGUUUUGGGUACAAGAGAAUGGAUGUUCAACAUUUUGUAAGGUGUGUCCAUUUGCUAUCCAAGGUUAUUGCUCAAAUGCUCCAGAUAGGAGAACACAUAUUUUUGAUGUAUUUUUUAAAAGAUUGAAUAUCUUCAAUUGAGCAUUCAUACUGUGUAGCGUUGUUAUAUUACUAUUAGUAAUUAAUAUACAUUCCAUACGAUUUUCCAUAGCAUAUAUUGAUUAGGUGUGGGAAAUGGAGUGAAGCUGACUUUAAGGACACAUUAACAGGGAUACUUUCUCAUUGGGAGUUUAUCUCACAAUCAUAUUGAUAACCUCCACAGCAUACUGUGCUUAUGUCUACACAGAUUGGCCCGCAACAAUUUGGUGGGAAUCUGUGUAGGUGUGAGAUAGAGGGUCUGCGUGUGUGAGCGUAUUGCAUGUGUGUGUGAAAAUGUUUGGUUUAAGUUCCAAAAAGAUUGAAACGGUAGACGUUUGGGGGUUGAGACAAAAAAAAAAUAGACCAUAGAAGUGCAUGUUACUCAAGACCUAAGCAAGUCUGCUGACAAAGAAAAUAUUUUGUGACAGUUGAGUCAUUAGAGAUGUCAUCCAGCUGUGUCCUGUGGAGUGGCACGGUGGACUGCUCCAUACUCCACUGCUUGUCUGUUUUUACCUCUAAAGAGGCUUUGAUGGAGAGAGAUGAGAAUGAGCUAGCGCUUUGCUGCUCCGCUCGCUCUUCAGGUUGCACAGAAAAGGUAACCAUAUGUAUGAGGUAAUCGUCUGCAUUUUAAGUGCCCAUUUUUUACUGACAAAACGUGCCAUGUGGCUAUGGUUCAACAUUCAAAUUUCAUUUCUCAUCAGAAGCAACAUGCUACAUAUUGCGAUUUAAAAAAGAAAACACAACACACAAAGAGAAAUUGAGAUUUGAAAUGUAUAAUCAAAUGAAAUAGAAAUAAAGGCAAGAUUAGAGACAAAACAUUAAAGGGCUUCUUAAUCUAUCCGUCUUUAUUGGAUUGUGAUGAUUUUGUUGCAUGUUUGUGUGUUUCAUGUGAAAAAUAAAUGUGCCCUCAACAGGGUAGUUUGUUUGACCUUC